AUACAAUAAGUUUCCGACUGGACAGCCACCUUUCUUUAUUAAUCUAUCGAAAUAUAUUCCCCAGCAUGCAACUGAUGCCAGGGAGCAUGCGCAAUAGCGCUCAACAUCCAUAGACAAAGGCCCCCUCCCAGCUUCUGAACAUGCUCAGUGGUAGCCACGCGCCCACGCCGUCUUGCAGGGUCUUGGGCAUCAUGGCGGAGGCAGAGGUCUCGCAAACUACCCGGAUCCCGCAGACUAGCGCUCCUUCCUCCGCCACCUCCUCUGCAGUUACAACGCCGCCGGUAGUAGGGGGAAGCGGAGCUGGAGGAAGCACCAGUGACCCGGUCCGUCCAGGAUUAAGUCAACAGCAGCGCGCGAGCCAGCGCAAGGCGCACGCGCGGAGCUUCCCGCGGGCAAAAAAGCUGGAAAAGCUGGGAGUAUUUUCAGCAUGCAAGGCUAAUGACUCUUGCAAAUGCAAUGGUUGGAAGAACCCAAAUCCUCCCACAGCUCCCCGCAUGGAUUUGCAACAAACAGUCACCAAUCUCAGUGAACCAUGCCGUAGUUGUGGACACACACUAGCUGACCAUGUUUCUCAUCUGGAGAAUGUCUCUGAGGAAGAGAUCAACCGUCUUCUGGGGAUGGUGGUAGAUGUGGAGAACCUCUUCAUGUCUGUCCAUAAAGAGGAAGACACAGACACCAAACAAGUAUAUUUCUACUUGUUCAAGCUUCUAAGAAAAUGCAUUCUACAGAUGAGUCGUCCAGUUGUCGAGGGCUCUCUUGGGAGUCCCCCCUUUGAGAAGCCAAACAUUGAGCAGGGUGUCUUAAACUUUGUACAAUAUAAGUUCAGCCAUCUACCUCCUAAGGAGCGACAGACCAUGUUUGAGCUUUCUAAAAUGUUUCUUCUUUGCUUAAACUACUGGAAGCUAGAAACACCAUCCCAAUUCCGCCAACGCUCCCAAAAUGAUGAUGUGGCAACAUACAAAGUCAACUACACGCGGUGGUUGUGUUACUGCCAUGUUCCUCAGAGCUGUGACAGUCUUCCACGUUACGAGACCACCCAGGUCUUUGGGCGCAAUCUCCUCAAGUCCACUUUCACGGUUACUCGUAGGCAGCUACUUGAAAAAUUCCGCGUGGAGAAAGAUAAGCUGGUGCCAGAGAAACGUACCCUCAUUCUCACUCACUUCCCCAAAUUUUUGUCAAUGUUGGAAGAAGAAAUCUAUGGGGAGAGCUCCCCCAUCUGGGAAGCUGAUUUCACUAUGCCUGCAACUGAAGGGGCUCCACUUGUACCUCGGCCAGCUAUCAGCACUGUUCCUGCAGCUAGCACUCCUUUGUUCAACAAAUCUCUGAGCUGCAGCUCAUCUUUGACAUCUAUUAAUCUGGAUGGGAGCUCACUGGAUUCUGUGCCAGGUGAGAAAAGGAAGCUUCCGGAAAGUUUGACCCUUGAGGAUGCAAAGAGAAUUCGUGUGUUAGGUGAUAUUCCAAUGGAGCUUGUGAAUGAAGUGAUGCUGACCAUUACUGAUCCAGCAGCAAUGCUAGGGCCUGAGACUAGUCUCUUGUCAGCAAAUGCAGCCCGGGAUGAGACAGCCCGCCUAGAGGAACGGCGUGGCAUCAUCGAAUUCCAUGUCAUUGGCAACUCACUUUCUCAGAAAUCAAACAAGAAGAUUCUCAUGUGGCUGGUUGGGCUGCAGAAUGUUUUUUCACAUCAGCUGCCUCGAAUGCCCAAGGAAUACAUCACCCGCUUGGUUUUUGACCCCAAGCACAAGACUCUGGCGUUAAUCAAGGAUGGUCGAGUGAUUGGAGGGAUCUGCUUUCGGAUGUUCCCAACACAAGGAUUCACUGAGAUUGUCUUCUGUGCUGUCACAUCUAAUGAGCAAGUCAAGGGCUAUGGGACUCACCUUAUGAAUCACCUGAAGGAGUACCACAUCAAACACAGCAUCCUCUACUUUCUCACCUAUGCAGAUGAAUAUGCCAUUGGCUAUUUCAAAAAGCAGGGGUUUUCAAAAGAUAUCAAGGUCCCUAAGAGCCGCUACCUUGGCUACAUCAAGGACUAUGAAGGAGCCACCCUGAUGGAAUGUGAGCUAAAUCCUCGGAUCCCUUACACGGAGCUUUCACAUAUUAUCAAGAAGCAGAAGGAGAUCAUCAAGAAGUUGAUAGAGAGAAAACAAGCACAGAUCCGUAAAGUCUACCCUGGCCUCACUUGUUUUAAAGAGGGAGUUCGACAUAUCCCGGUUGAAAGCAUCCCAGGCAUCCGGGAAACAGGAUGGAAGCCUCUGAAUAAAGAAAAAGGAAAGGAGCUCAAGGAUCCAGACCAGUUGUAUACUACUUUGAAAAAUCUUCUUGCCCAAAUCAAGACCCAUCCUAGUGCAUGGCCAUUUAUGGAACCCGUGAAGAAAUCCGAAGCUCCUGACUACUAUGAGAUAAUUCGCUUUCCCAUUGACCUGAAGACGAUGACAGAAAGGCUCAAGAAUCGUUAUUACAUUACCAAGAAGCUCUUUAUUGCUGACUUGCAGCGUGUCAUUACCAACUGUCGUGAAUAUAACCCUCCUGAGAGUGACUACUGUAAGUGUGCCAACACCCUGGAGAAGUUUUUUUAUUUCAAGCUGAAGGAAGGAGGACUCAUUGACAAGUAAGGACAGUUGCUGGCUGCCAGGGGUUUCAUCUCCAUUUUAUCAGCCCCUCUCCAGCUUUUGAACAACUGGACAUUUUUCUUGCUGCCUUUUGUCACACUUCACGCACAAGUAGAUGUGACUGGUUGGACAUCAGAAGUUUGCUUAUUAUUGGGAAAAGGAAGAGACAAUAUGCAGAGAUAUCUCUUUUCCUGAAUAGACUGAGAUCUGCCAUCAGUCUCUUAAUUUCUGAGCCUGAUCUCUCUAUCUGUUGCACUUGCCUUUCCAGAAGGACAUAACUCUUUUUACCACGGAAGGAGUCUGGAUUGUCACAGAAGCUAUGAGGGAUUCACUGCAAGUUCUUCCAGUUUUCCAUUUCUUUAGUUUCCUUUGUCCCAAACUCUGGAACAGUUUCCCCAAAAUUGGUCUUUUCCAUCUGUAUUGUGCUUAAGUUAUCAUUCUCUCCUCAGCUAGAAUGUAUUGAAGAACAUCUAUAGAGCACAAGAAGAUCCCGGAAAUUUUCCAAAGUUGAUCCAGAUAAUUCAAUUUAUUUGUUGCACUUUUUUGAGGUUCUGCCAUUACUUUUUUUUGACAUGUGAAUGUAGGAAAGGAGUAGUCAAGAGAAAGCUGGAGGACGAAAACUUGUGGAGAUUUUAAGUAUAGAGUUUUUUAAAGAAACUUUGAUUGGGACCAUGUCUGAAGCCCAUUCAUUCUUUUAGCCAGUUCACAAGUGACUAAUCCUUGAAUGUUGUUUAUAGGAAAAGAACUUUUGUAUUUUAGGUUGAAUCAGAUCUGACUUCAAGGAAAAGAAAUUACAGGAAGGAAUUAAAAAGAUAAUAGCUCUCUGCUAUUUUUUUCCUUUUACUUUGUCUUCUCUUUUAAUCUAAUGGAUUCUGGGUCAUUAAUCUUUACCCCUGCAGAAUUGUUCAAAUAUCUGAAUGAAACUUCACUCUCUCCUAGAGAAUGGUGAUACAUUUAAGAUUACUUCCUCAUAUACCAAAUGAAAAUGAGCAAAUUUGUGUCCCUUCUGUAUACUGUAUAUUGUUGUUAUAAAAUAUGAUCCAUUCCUUA